AGCGGAAGUGAGAAAAAUCAGCGGGAGCGGAGCGGCAUUUCUGUUUGAGUACCGCCGGGUUAAAGGUCACGCCGUCACCGACAAACACACACACAGCCGGGAAGAAGCUCCGAGAGCCAACUCUCUGCUAACCAGCGGCUUCCUGCUCGAACAUGGCGGUGCAGGUGCCGUGCCUGUCGUUCCGGCAGCCGUAUGCCGGCCUGGUUCUGGACGGGGUAAAGACGGUGGAAAGCCGCUGGAGGCCGCUGCUCGCUCCACUGGAGAACCAGACGCUGGCGGUCCACGUGGCUCAGCGUAACUGGGAGGGGUCGGACUGGAGGGCGGUGCUAAGCGGCCUGCUGGGGAUGGACAGCGCUCAGAUUGAGGCACUUCUGGAGUCCGGGGAGCGGUUUGGCCGCGGCGUGGUGGCAGGAUUGGUGGAUGUGGGCCGGACCUGGCUUUGCCCCGCCUCCCUCCAGGGGAAGGACCUACAGUGCCUGGAGCAGUCGGCCGUGCUGAUUGGUCUGCAGGAGAAGCACCUGACUAACCUGUCCAACCCUCGCUGGCUGAAGGCCCCACUGAGAGCUCCGGGAGGUCGCGACCUCUGGACCAUAGAGAUCCCAGCAAAACUGUUACCGUGACAACACAUACGUAACCUACCCGAGCACCGAGGCCGGAGCGACUUCUCUGUCAUAGUACAUUGGUUUUUACAGCGGUGGCGCUGACCUCAGAUCAGGUCACUGUGAUGUCAUCAGCACACCUGAUUUUUGUGGUCGAGCGAGGUCUUCCAUCUCUGAGGGUGGGGUGGGGGUCAGACCAAUGAUCUGAGCUCCUGGGGCCGUCGUCCCGGAGCACCAGAGGCUUCACAGCAGCUCGAUAAAAGUCCAACCUGUCCAGUUCUUUGUUUCUUUGAAAUGAUGGAACCCGUCUAAUCCCAGAUUUUUCACUGCAAAAUAAGUGAAUGCAUUUCACUCCUUAGACUUGUCCUACUCACUGUAUGUUUAAUUUUGUUGAUGUGUGGGGGUUAAAACGGCAACUGUUGCCGGUGGGUUAAUAAGGACACGUUCCAAACGUCCAGUGUUUGUGUAAGUAACCUACCUGUGGUGCUGUUAUCAGGCGGCUGUAUGUUACACUGAAAUUAAAAGGUAAUAUUUU